CUUUCUUUAAAAAUGAUCUCUCAUUAUAUGUUUGACUAUUAGAGGAUCUGAAUAGAUUAUUUAAAGGCUUUUGAAAAUUUGCAUAAAAUAUUUGAUCACAUUAUGCCUUAUUUUUAACAGAACAAUAUUUAUGUGACAGAGUUGCGUUAAGAUUACUUUUAGGAUUUAUUUAAAAAAAAUAAUGUUACUUUUUAUUCUGUGCGGUAUGGUGUGCGCUUUGCAUGCUGCUCCCCUAUCCCAGCGAAUGGUCGACUUGACAUACACUUUUGACGAAACGACACUGUUUUCCCCAGUGGCGAAGGGAUUUGAGCUUACCGUUCUAAGAAAUGGAACAGCUGAGGAUGGUAUUUGGAUUCAAUAUGAAGAAUAUUCAUCUUAUAUCCAUGUUGGUACACAUAUUGACGCCCCGGCACACUUCUCCAAAGAUGGGCUCACGGUCGACCAGAUCCCAGUUGAUCAUUUCAUUGCCUCUGCAGCUGUCAUUGACAUCACUGAGAAAGCUGAAAUUGAUCCAGAUGCAGAAGCCACAGUGGACGACCUCCUACACUGGGAAUCCAUAACUGGACAGUCCCUCAACAAGACUAUAGUUCUACUGAAAUCAGGAUGGGGGAAAAAAUGGAACAACAGAGCAGAUUUCUUCGGCACACCUGAAAACGAUGCUUCGAAAUUCCACUUUCCAGGUCUAGCUCCAGAAGCAGCAGUUUGGUUGGUUGAAAACAGGAAUAUCUAUGCCAUUGGAGUUGAAACUCUGUCUUUCGAUAAAGGAUCUUCGAAAAACUUUAUGUCACACCAAACCUUACUGGGGCAUGGAAUAUAUGCUAUAGAGAAUAUGGCUAAUGUGGAUAAAAUUCCAAUCUAUGGAACUAAGCUUUACGUCAUGCCAAUGAAGAUAGGAGAUGCUAGUGGUUCUCCAACUCGGAUUGUUGCAGUAUAUCCAGAAAUUAUUUUUGAUGAUGAGUCAUCGAAAUAAAUAUUUAUUUUUAUUA